AUGUUAGCCGCGCCAAUGCAGGAAGGGGACGGGCGGCGGCGGAGUGUGUUUCGUCCCUGCAUAGAUUUGCACAAUGGAACUGUGAAGCAGAUCGUCGGUGGCACGCUGCGUGACGCCCAAGAUGGCUCUGGCGGCGAUGACCCACACGCGCUAACGACCAACUUUGUUGCGACGCACCCGCCUUCGUACUAUGCGAAACUCUAUGCUCGCCACAACUUGCGUGGUGGCCAUGUCAUCAAGUUAGGACCAGGAAAUGAUGAAGCUGCUGCAUCUGCUCUGCAAGAAUGGCCAAAUCACUUGCACAUUGGUGGCGGGAUUCACCUUGAUAAUGCGGCGUCAUGGAUCGAGCGUGGUGCUGAGAAGGUUAUUGUCACUUCCUACCUGUUUCCAGAAUGCCGCUUUUCUCUUGAGCGUCUGUUAGCGCUCGAAAAGCGCGUAGGUCGUGAGAGACUUGUGGUCGACAUCAGUUGUCGACGGCGCGGCUCGGAGUGGAUUGUCGCUAUGAAUCGUUGGCAGGACCUUACAGACAUGCGCGUUUCCAAAGCGAACUGCUCAUUCAUGCUGCAGACGUGGAAGGACUUUGCCGUGGAAUUGACCAUGAUCUAG